AUGGCCUUCGCCUCAGAUCUCGUCUUUCAGAAGAUCGGCGGCCGCUUCAAGCUCGAGGAAGAUGAUGAAUUCAGAAGCUGCUUCGGGGCCGUGGCGGUGGCCGCUGCAGCGAAGAAGCAUCGAGACGGCAGAUUUCGCCGCUUGGAAAGAUCGCAGUUGGCGGACUCAAAGUCGGACGUCUUGGACUUCUUAAAGAAGCACGGCUUCAGCAGCUGCCGAGAAGAUCUGGGCCUGAACAUGCCGAAGAUGCAUGCAUUUGGGUUUCGACGCACAUACCCGCUGCACCAAGCAGUUCAGAAGAAGGACUGGCGCAUGGUUCAAAUCAUGCUCCAGUUUGGAGCUGACCCGACUUGCAAAGACAGCAAAGGUCGAGACUUGGAAAGCUUUUUGGCCGAGAUGAGGGCACCCAACUGGAUUCGAGCAGUCGUGCCCUCCUACCAGCACAGACACUGCCAUCCUCGCACCUAG